ACUAAUGGUCUCUUUUCUUUUCUGUCUCAAGAUUCUAGAGAUAAGUCCUCAAAACUUAAGCGAAGAUGGACUCUAUUUGCUGAGUGAAAUAGAAACACUUUCCCAUCUUCAUAUCAUUCAAAAUAAGUACACCCCACAAGAACUGACAGCUGUCUCUUCGAAGGCUUGGAAGCAACUUAGUAAGAAGAGACCAGAUUUGCAAGUGCAUUUACAACUAGUAUCGAAUCUUGAAAAGGGUAUCUUGUGGCAAGAUGGUGCACCGGUUGCAAGUAUUUGGUAUGAGUCACCGAAAAUCAAGGUUGACGGAGACUCAGUUUCCACGGCUGUCGAGAUGUACGGACCGACGCUGAGGUUUUAUGGCCACACGCAUCCCCCAAAAUAUCACCAAUCGAAAUCAUUCCGAGAUAGAAUGGAUCCGUUCUUUGUAUUCUUAGUGAACAAGUGUCCAAAUCUCACCACAUUAAUAAUUCGAUAGCGCAUAUCAACAGCGACAGUGCUGCUGCUGGCAAGAUACGGGAAGAAACUUAAACACUUGUACAUUCGUCGAAACGCUGUGAUACUCCGCAACGACUGGCCCAAGAACUCCGAUUGGCCCGAGGGAUUCAGCAUUUGGUUGAAGAAAUCGUGUCGUUCUUACGAAACAACGCAACGGAACAAGAAGUGUCUCAAAUACUCGGCUUCCGGUGGCAGAUGUUGUCCGACAAAGAGUUCAAUAAGAUCUCUCCCAGCCUGCACAACCUGUAAAGAGGUUUACUGAGAAAUAAAAUUCGGUCAUAAUAUCCGUAGUACCACGUCCUACAUCGACUGUAGUAUCUGGUUCGUUGCAGUAUUUGCGAUUUAUGCGACCGUAACCGUAUGUCCCUGAUCAUUUUUUGAGAAAAUUGGGGUUUUUUGGUGAUGAUUUCCAUCUCCGGACGACUUUCUCGUCUCUCGGUGUGGCUCGAAUCGAAUAAUUCUAAUUUUGGAAAUGUUGACAAUUAUUGGGCGUAUUUCUGCCAAACGGUACUAUGUGCAUUAAGACAUGAGCUUUGAGACCCAUACGAAUAAAUAUGCAUGGCAGGGCUCACGUCAUGGUGCACAUAGUUCCGUUUGGCAGACAUACGUCCAUUUUAUUAUUUAAUACUCUCGGAAUGGGUCCGACAGAAAUCAACCAGGUUUUUGGAGGAAGCAAGAGGUGUUCUGGGUGGAAUGGGUCAGUUGCGCUGGUCACAGAAUCGCGUUUUAAUGCUUGAUUCUUGUAGAUCAGCUAGAAAGAAUGAAGUCUGUCCAAACGGCAAUUUUCUACGUUCAAUAUUAACCGAGAAAUCGCGCUUUGAAAAAUUCGGUUUAUGACGUCAUCAAUGCACCGCAGUAGCGCCACUUGUGGUUUCUUCAGCCUUGCUUUGAUCAAUCAGGGUGACAUACAUUUGCACUGGUUACUCAACGAGGAACUCGCAUGAAAGUCAGGUAUAAGGAAGCAAA